UGUGAAUAAGUACUGAUAUAAUUGAUUAAUUUAAAAUGAAAAAGCAAUAAUAAACUCUGUUUAAAUAAUCAACCAUUAGGAGCUCUUUCUGUCUCACAAUCUCUCUCCUCUGUCUAACAAUAAUAUGCCGGAAUCGCGUGGUAUAUGCCGCUCGGUUUGUCAGCGGAAAUAGCUUAAUUAGCUUGAAUCUUCUUGCCACAUCCUUACACCAAGCACAUGAAAUGAAUGGAAACCUUUAAAUUAAGUAGCACGAUUGGCAUUAAAAUAAUGAAUAUAUGGUUUUCUUUUCCUAAAAUAAAAACUUUUGAAAAAAAAAAAAAAAGAAUUGGACUACCCCCCCUCCAGCGGCAAUUCGCACUAUAUUGCCUUUUCCGAAAAAAUUGCAACACCAAUUUUUCGUUUUUCCCAAAAAGUCCAAAUUUAGUUUUACAUCUAUUUUUUUUUUUUUUGUUUUUCCAACGCUCUUCUUUUUUUUUUCGGCCGGAUCAGUUAGCGUAUAGUACUUGUAUCAACUGGAGGUAGGGAAUAAUUCACCACAGCAAAAACAAAGAAAGAAAAUAUAUUUAUUUUCUUAGACCAUGAUGUUGGUAUCCAGACGUAUAGGCUUAUUGGAGAGAGUUGCGCUCCCCUCAAAGUUUAUUCGCACCAUUCAUUUAACUUCAUCCAGAUCAUCGUCGUAUAGUGUUCCCCACAGUACAACUGGUCCGAAAAUUGCACCUCGGAAAACUUUACUUGACAUAUCCGAACUUUACAACUCCAAAACUCCAAUUUCUGUGGUCACUGCACAUGACUACAUUACAUCAAAGUAUGCCGAAGCUGCUGGUAUCGAUAUCACCUUGGUUGGGGAUUCAUUGGCUAUGACUGCACUUGGAUAUAGCGACACUAAUGAAAUUCCAUUCGAUGAGUUCUUAUACCAUGUUAAGGCGGUUAACCGUGGGAACAAGAGUUCUUUCCUUGUAGCUGAUCUUCCAUUUGGAUCCUUUGAAAGAUCUAGUGAACAAGCUGUUUCAACAGCCAUAGAAUUAAUCAAAACUGGAAGAAUGCAUGCAGUGAAAAUUGAAUGUGGUAAAGAUCAAUUAGAAUCUGUUCGUAAAAUCGUUGAUGUUGGAAUCCCAGUCAUGGGUCAUGUAGGCUUAACUCCACAGAGACACAAUGCCUUAGGAGGAUUCAAAUUACAAGGUAAUUCUACUAAAAGAGCCCUUGAAAUUUAUCAAGAAUGUUUAGAUUUGCAAAGGAAUGGAGUAUUUAGUAUUGUCUUGGAAUGUAUCCCAAAUAGAUUGGCAGAAUUCAUUACUAACAACUUAUCAAUCCCAACAAUUGGUAUUGGAGCUGGUCCACAUUGUUCAGGACAAGUUUUAGUGGCUGCUGAUAUCCUUGGUAUGAACAAUCCUGAUGCUCAUAAGGCAAAGUUUGUAAAGCAAUAUGGUUCUCAAUAUAAUGAUAGUGUCAAAUCUUACAAUGAAUUCACACUGGAUUUACAAUCAAAGGCAUUCCCACUUGAAAAUGAACAUGGCUAUAAAAUGAAAAAGGAUGUUUUUGAACAGUUUAAAUUAGAAGCUGUAAAAUUAAAAUAAUGAUAAUGAUGUCUAAAUUAAUACAAAAGCAAAAUAAUUAUGUCCUCCCUUUUAUUUAUCCGAUGUAUAUAUGUCUAUAUAAAAAUAUGAUGCAAUGUAUGAUUAUUUGAAGCAAAUUCCUUCU